CCCUCCUUCUCCCUCUCAGCCGGCUGACCAAAUUCGUCUUUUUAUUUUCUCUCAAUCCCAUGUAAGUCUCACUCACAAACAUCCAUAAAUGCCACAAUGGAAAAGGCAGAUGUUUUGUGUUUGUCUCUGUCCGGGCUCCUACUUUUUGGUCUCUGUAUAAGAACUCCACUUUCCAGCGCCCUCCUUCUCUAGCCCCAAACAAAAACCCAAAAUUUUGUCUCUGUCUUUGUCUUUGGGUAGCGCAUGGAUUUUGGAAAACAGGGGAGUUGGGACAGUUCGAGCGACGAAUAUGWGCCACAGGAUCAAGUCCCCAAAGACGAAACUGAUGACCCCACAAAACGUCCCUACGAGUGCACGUUUUGCAAGCGCGGGUUCACCAACGCCCAGGCCCUGGGCGGCCACAUGAACAUCCACCGCAAGGACCGCGCCAAAGCCAAGCAACGUAAUUUAAUUCCUUCCUCCUCUUCCCACUCGCACGACCAAAUUUUCCCACCCAUUUCGCCCCACCCCGCCGCCUCCUAUUACCCUCCGCCGCCCAAUUACCACAAUAACUAUAACUACCGCAUGUAUUUCGACACCACGGCGGCGGCCAAUUACCCAAUCCACCGCCACAGAUCGCAGGGCGCCAAUGAAGAUCUUCUCGGGGCCAAUCUCACCCUGCAAAUUGAUCAAACCAGGGGCGUCUGGAAAAACGAAGAACUCGAUUUGGAGCUUCGCCUCGGCCAUGAAUAUCGCUGAUCACCACUUCACUUUUUCUGUACAGCCAUGGAAUAAUAAGGGAGGGAUAUGGUUUUAAAUUUGGUGUUCCAGUGGGAAAUUCAAAUGUUUUAAUUAGCUCUGUGUAAUUUUGUUGCCUUUCUCAGAGCUAACUAUUUUCACAGAAUAUCAAUUCCGUAUUAUUAUUGUCGUUGUUAUUACUAGAAAGAAACUGCCCCUUCACCUU